UGCCCCGCGAGGCGCGGCAAUUAGAGGCAGAGGCGACUGCUGUCCAUACAACUUUUACCGCGUUUUUCAGCACUGGCGCUGUCCAACAUCUACUGACCUGGAUGGACGGUCCACUUUGAAGUUCUCGCGCGUAGGCUACUGGUGGGACUGUAGUGCACUGUCACGACCAGCUACACACACGCAUACACACACUCAGGGACUCGUGCACACACACACACACACACACACACACACACACACAUCCCAUUGCAAAAGGGAGCCUUGCAAUGCUGGGCUACAACAACGCCUGAUCGAUCCAGCGAACACGAGGAGCACGCGCGACCAGCAUCGCAAGACCACGAUCUAGAACUGCUAGAACCCACUACUGGAUCCACUAAAUCCAGAUCCACUGCAGUCAUGGGUGUUCUGAUGUCCAAGAAGCAGCAGGUGGAGAAAGUGCAGAAGUGCAGUGUGGUGGUCUCAGCUUUCCGCGAGGGUCUAAAGAACCAGCCUAGCUCCACCCAAAACGGUGCUGAAAAUGCCGGAGACGAGGCUCCAGAUCAGCCGGAGUCUGAAGACUCCGGACGUAAAGCAGAGGAGGGUAAACCCGGGCCUUCAUUUGCCCAGUCCACAUCAGCCCCGCCCAGAGAGGAGAACAAAGCCAAUCAGGAGGCCUGGGGCCGCCUCCGCGACGGAAAAGGGGUGGAGCCUGAGGAUUUAAAAAAAGCCCAUCAGCUCACGCCCCCUGCGUUCGUUCGGCCGAAAAGACAACCGAACGACGACCAGCCGGUACAGAUAGAGCUGGACCAGAGAGAGCAGCCGGUGAAUGAUGAGAUGUGUGAGGUGUGUGAGGUGUGGACGGCGGAUGACCUGUUCCCGUGCCGGACGUGUACCAGGGUGUUUCACGACGGCUGCCUGAGGGAGAUCGGGUACCUGCGGGCCGACGCUCUGCAGGAGAUGAGGGAGACGGCGCACACCACCACGGGCUGGAGCUGCUACUACUGCGACAACGUGAACUUGCUGCUGACUGAAGAAGAAAUGUACAGCCUGAUGGAAACCUUCAAACAAUGCAAAAUCAUUCCAGAGUCCUGCCUCGUCUCGGAUGAGCUCCUUCAGUACCGGCACUUUGUGUCGAAGCAGCUGUUUGAGAAGGAUCUGACGGACGAGCAGGAGGAGGAGGUUCUGGCCCAGUUCGCCGCCCUCGACCCCGAGAAGAAGGGUCAGAUAGAGUGGUCCGACUUCCUGUAUCACGAGUCGCUGUCAGUGCUGCAGAAAUUCAGGACGGAGAACUCGCUGGUUCGUCUGCUCACGGCUAAAGAGCGAGACCGAGCGCGGGCCGUUUUCCAGGGCCUGGACCAGGAUAAAGACGGGAUCAUCACUGGCGGAGAGAGCCGCCGCGCCCAGCCCUCCUGGUUCCACAAAAUCAGCAAAGAGUCGCAGUCCUGCAACGUCAGCAUCAUGGGAUUGUGUUCCCCUAUAAUGAAUUUGGGUAUCAGCCACGUGGGCCCGAUAUCAGAGAGCAGUCCAGCCAGCUCCAGCAGCGACAGGAGCAGAGAUAAAGCCAUGGAGAAAUACGACAACAGGCCGGUGACGUGGGAUGCAUUCCUGCGCGAGAGCGCCCUCUACAUUCUGGCCGCUCGACCCAACAGUGCCGCCAUGCACAUCCGCCUGCCGCUCUAAUCUCGGAUAAAGCUCUCUGGAGCUCACGCACACAGAGCAGUGAAGGACACGCAGCGGAGAGGUGCUGGUGUGUGGGAUAAGCCCUGGCAACCCGAGGGCAUCGAACUGAACGCCAACGAAACACUCAGAGACAGUAAAAGCCAUCGACACACCUUUUCUCAGAAAAAAAAAAAACGCUGUCAAUCAAACUGCAUACCGUCCUCGCUCUUACUCCAACUUCAGCACGCCAGUGUGGCUGAAAAAAAAAAGAAAAAGAAUAUAUAAAAAGAGAUUUUAGGAUUAUCGUGAGAUGUUGAGAUGUUUUAUCUGCAGAUAAAUGUAACACUACUACUGAUCACAUGGAUAUUCAGUGGUUGUUGGUCAGGCUGGGAGAUGGGCGGCUGAUUCUGUAUGUAAAGCUAUACGAAGCACCACAACCCACUGCAUUUAUAUAAACCAGAGCAGAAGCAUAGUAUCGUACAGUACUGUCAGCCUUUACUUUUACAGUUUUAAAGUCACUCGUGAUCACGGGAGUUCAUGCGGGGUAUCUGCGGACCACCACAGACUCCCAUGUUAAAAACAGGAAGAGGAAAGAAUUACCGUAUGUGUCCACUUGCACUUUUCUUUAAUGCAUUUCACCAUAGGUUUACUUGGAAACUUACUGAGCUUUAAAACACAGCAGAACAGUUAUUUCCAGUCAUAUGAGACCAGGCUCCGAUCUCUAUGAUUGUUAAGAGACCGAAAUACACAAAACUAAAGAUGCUCAUGAAUAUUGUUCUAGUCUUUAGUUGUUUUAGGCUAAACAACGACUAAAAAUCGUGAUUUCUUUGGCUCGUUUCGGCUACUGUGCUUAUACAGAUCUCCAAAUCAAGGGGGCGGGGCUUCUCCACUAGCAUGCUGACUGGAUCUUUUUGUUGGAGGGCAAGACUUCAUGCCGUAUAAUCGACCUGAGCUAUGUAACCAAUGCCCAUAUUAUACACAGCAACAAGGUUGUUUAAACAAGAAGCUUGGAUUGAUUGCCAUAUUAUACUUGGCAACCGGGGAGCUGGCACAAGAAGCUUGAGUUGAUUCCCAUAUUAUACUCAGCAAAUGGGGUGUUGGUAAAUGUGGCUCAAAUUGAUUCUCAUAUUAUACUUGGCAACCUAGCUCUUUGAACAAGCAGCUCAAACAGAUUUCCAUAUUAUACGCAGCAAAAUGGGUGCUGCAACUCAAAUCGAUUCCCACAAUAUACAUGGUAACCGGGCUGUUGGUAAAUGUGGCUCAAAUCGAUUCUCAUAUUAUAUUUGCCAACCGGGGUGUAUGCACAGCCAGCUCAAAUGAUACUCAUAUUAUAUGCAGCAAACGGGGUGUUGGUAAAUGCAACUCAAAUCGAUUCCCAUAACAUACUUGGCAACCGGGCUGUUGGUAAAUGUGGCUCAAAUCGAUUCUCAUAUUAUAUUUGGCAACCGGGGUGUAGGCACAGCCAGCUCAAAUGAUACUCAUAUUAUACGCAUCAAACGGGGUGCUGGCACAUGUGGCUCAAACCGAUUCCCAAAUUAUACUUGGCAACCGCGGUGUUGGUAAAUGUGGCUCAAAUCGAUUCUCAUAUUAUACUUGACAACCGGGGUGUGCUGGCACAAGCGGCUCGAGUUGAUUCCCAUAUAAUACUUGGCAACCGGGUUGUUGGUACAAGGGACCCUGGUUCAUUGCCAUAUUACACUCUGCAAACAGGGUGUUGGUAAUUGCGGCUCAAACUGAUUUCCAUAUUAUACUUGGCAAAUGGGGUGUUGGCACAAGCAGCUCGAGUUGAUUCCCAUAUUAUAUUUGGCAACCGGGUUGCUGGUACAAGCAGCCCUGGUUCAUUGGCAUAUUAUACUCUGCAAACGGGGUGUUGGUAACUGAUUUUCAUAUUAUACUUGGCAACCGGGUGGUUUGCACAAGCAGCUUAAGCCAAGAAUGUUAUCCCGAUGCUACUCCUGGAAGUCCAAGUGAUUUUUCUACAUGGAAGGAGACCAGGCUCUGUUCUACUCGAAACAAUCAAAAAUUAAUGUUAAAUUAAUGUUUUAAAAUCAUAUAUUAAAUUUGUGUUGAGACCUGAUAAAAACUUCAUUAGCUUUGUCUACUGAGCUUGCGCAGAUCUCCACAUAUCUCCACAUAUACAUUUGAAUGCAGAUAAAGCAAAAAGAUGCAUUAAAGAGAAAAUGCAAGUGGACAUGUACCGUUAGGCCAUAAAAAAGUGGUGCAUAAAUCAGGAACUAAACUGGAAUUAAAGCUAUCUGCAUAUAUUAUAUAUAAUAUAUCAAAGUAACAUAUAAAUAUAAUAUAUAUAUAAACAGUAUAUAUUGAUAUGUAUUAUAUUAUAUGAGUGUAUUUAUUCCCAAACCUUUCAAAUGACCUGCUGUUUUUCAGAUUUACUGGUUGAUUUUAGAUGCGAUGUAUUUGCUUGUUUUUUAAAGGGUAAGACUAGGGGUUAAAUGAAUCAGGCCCAGUGUCAAACACUAACAGAUUGGCAUGUAAUUUAAAUUAACUAGUCUCCUAAUUAUUGGCUUAGCCUCUCCCGAACUUUCCCAGAAUGUCUGAAUGUGUUUUAAUGAUAAUUUCUGGAGGUUAGAAAUGGAGGAAAAUCAUCAAAAAUCAAACUGUGUCACAAUGUUAGAUUGUUGUUAGAGGCGGCAAAACUGUGCACACUCCUAAAUCCAAUAAAAACACUUCUGUUUACA